CAUGAGAAAUUGGGACUUCUUCCGUGUUUACCUGCAGGCCUUAAAGAAGGGAGUUUCACAAAUGGAUGUUAGUUUGAAGUGAACAAGGCGUCAACAAAGCAUUCAUUAGUGUCCUUGCAUUUGUUAUGCGUCGAAAGAGAAGAGGAAGCGAAAGUGAAAUGAGCUGAAAACAAACAAACAAACAAACUGUUUAACCGAAGCAAAGGCUCUUAAAAGUUUAGUUUUUCGCUUAAGUGAGCUGAAGUCGUCGUCGUCGUGUUGUCGUCCACGAUGGGAUGUUGUAGCAGCACAGAGAGCAAACGUGACUGGAAACCGCUGGAGGAGCGCAGCUGCACGGACAUCCCAUGGCUCAUCAUAUUCACGGUGUUUUGUAUCGGGAUGGCAUGUAUUUGUGGCUUUCCCAUCGCCACAGGAGCUGCCUCCAGGCUUAUCUCAGGAUAUGACAGUUAUGGCAACACCUGUGGUCAGAAUAACACAAAGAUAGAGGGAGUACCCCUCAGCGGCCGGGACAUGAGAGAAAACAAGUAUGUUUUCUUUCUAGACCCUUGCAACCUUGAUUUAAUUAACAGGAAGAUAAAGUCCAUUGCCCUAUGUGUCUCCAAAUGUCCCUCUACUGAACUGAAGACAUACCAAGAUGUAAAACAGUUUGCACUAAAUAAUGGAUCUCAUCUCUGCUCCUAUGAUAUUUAUCAGACAAAAUACACAAGCCAUUCGGAAAGAUUCACAAAAUGUCCCAAACUCCCUGUUCCUCCAAGUAAGGCUGUCCCUGUUUUCCACCGCUGUAUUCCUAUGGAUAUCACUUGCUAUGCUGAAUUUGCUCAGGCAUUUGUCACAUUCGUCAGUGACAACACUGUGCUACGCCGGGUCGUCGCAGGGGUGAUGGCCAGCAAAGAGAUUAUCAUGGGCCUUUGUGUGCUGGCUUUAGUUCUGUCCCUGAUCAUGAUGGUUGUCAUCCGGUACAUCUCCAAAGUACUGGUGUGGAUUCUAACAGUCCUGGUAAUCAUCGGCUCUAUAGGUGGGACAGGCGUCCUCUGGUGGCUCUAUGCGGACCAUAGGAAAGCCCUUGAUAAUAACACCGUAUCAGUAUUUGGGAAAGAAGUGGCUUCUGACAAUGUUACAGCCCUGCUUGUGUAUGCAAUUGGUGCUACAAUUUUCACGGUAAUUCUCUUGAUAGUGAUGUUCUUCAUGAGGAAGCGAGUGGCUCUCACCAUCUCCCUGUUCCAUGUGGCUGGUAAAGUGUUCAUCCACCUUCCUCUGCUAGUACUGCAACCUGUGUGGACCUUCCUCUGCCUCAUGUUGUUCUGGGUCUACUGGAUCGCUGUGCUUCUCUUUCUUGGGACUUCAGGGACACCGAUAAAGAACAACUCAACAGGUGUGGUUGAAUACGAAAUGCAAGGGCCUCUCCAGUACUUGGUGUGGUACCAUGCUGUGGGUCUCAUCUGGAUCAGUGAGUUCAUUCUUGCCUUCCAACAGAUGACCAUCGCUGGCGCCGUCGUCACCUACUACUUCACGAGGAAUAAGUCCCAGAUGCCAGCUACUCCCAUCCUCUCCUCCAUGGCACGUACCGUCCGCUACCAUCUGGGUACUCUGGCCAAAGGCUCCUUCAUCAUCACGCUUGUUAAGAUCCCUCGUCUCAUCUUGACAUAUAUCCACAGCCAACUCAAAGGAAAGGAAAACGCCUGUGCUCGUUGCAUGCUGAAAGCUUGUGUCUGCUGUUUGUGGUGUCUCGAGAAGUGUCUCACAUACCUAAAUCAAAAUGCUUACACUGCGACAGCCAUCAACAGCACCAAUUUUUGCACCUCUGCCCGUGACGCUUUACUCAUCCUGGUGGAGAAUGCCCUCCGAGUGGCCGCCAUCAACACUGUGGGCGACUUUGUUCUCUUCUUGGGAAAGGUGCUCAUAGUCUCCUGCACAGCUUUUGCCGGCGUCCUGGCUUUGAACUACCAGAGGGAAUACACAGUGUGGGUCCUGCCUCUCCUCAUCGUCUGUCUGUUUGCCUUCCUGGUGGCUCACUGCUUCCUUUCCGUCUUUGAAAAUGUGGUCGACGUUCUCUUCCUCUGCUUCGCUGUGGAUUCAAAAUAUAAUGAUGGCAGCCCUGGACGCGAGUACUACAUGGACAAGGCCUUAAUGGAAUUUGUUGAGAACAGUAAGAAAAUGGGUUGGGACAAAUCAGGAGAUGGAGAUAAACGGGAGAUGAAGUCCAUGACACGUGGAGGGACUUCUGCUUGAUGAAAUGUCUGCAAAAAACUGCAAAAAACCACUAAAAAUACACCAAAGCUUAACUCAGAGUUUACCAGCAUUUCACUACAGGGACAUCAGUAAAUAACACUUGCACUAGUUCAUAUUGAAAGCUACACAUAUCUGUAUUCAGUAAAAGAUAAAUUGGGUUUUAUUGUUUAUUUUCGAGAAAGACAUAAUAGCUCAUUUAGGUUUGUGUUUUGUUGGUAAUAAGACGGGUUUGUUGGUUUUUUUUCUUUAUAACGUGAUAUUUCUCUUUUAGUAUUUUUUAAAUAAUAUGAACAUUUUAACAGUUUUUGGUUUUCUUUGUUACAUAAUGAGUGUUAGCUAUACUUUGGUGUACAUUUUAAAAUUGAUAGCUAACUAUGUUUUGUCAAAGGCUGUUCAAGUUGUUUUAUUACUUCUCGAAUUUUAUACUUAAAUAAAUUAAAACACAGUUU